UCGCAAUAUACCGGUUUUCACGAUAAUCGUGAUAUUCAAAUCAUGAAAUAUCGACAUCGUGUUAAUUUAGGGUUCGACGAUAUACCGGUAUUGGCAAUAACCACAAUAUUUAAAAUAAAUAGGACUCUAAUGAUGACACGGCACGUAAAUGUACAGCGCCAGUACCUGGUUGACCUUCCAGGUGGCAGUAAUGCGCCUUGCUGCAUUUGACACCCGUCAAACAAGAAAAUGCGCAGCUACUGUCAUGUAGUCGGAGCAGGAGAGUGAGAGGCUCUGUCCACACCCGAAAAAAGUAAGCUCGCCAGUAUGGGAGUUUUUCGGUUUCAAAGAAAACAGCUCCUUAGACAGCCCAAUCUGCAGAAAGUGUCACGCUACAGUCAGUGCGAAGGGGGGCAACACCACCAACCUUUUUACCCACCUCCGUGUCCAUCACCCUCUGGAUUACGCCAUUUUACAGAAAGGAGCUUUCAAGAAGAGAGAGCAAGCCAGAGCCUCAGGUCAGCUAACAAUUUUUGAGUCUGUGGAAAGGAAAAGGAAAGCAGACAUGACUAGUGCAUGUGAAGACACAGCUAUCACUAAGUCACUAGCCUACUUCAUAGCAAAGGACAUGAUGCCCUUUAGAAUAGUAGAGAGGCCAGGAUUUAAUGCACUGAUGAAAACAGUUGCUCCAAAAUACAAAAUCCCAAGAAGACAGCAUUUUUCUGAAAAAGAAAUCCCAAACAUGUACAUAAAAUUAAAAGAAGACAUUGCCAACUCUUUGUCUGAAGCUAAACACUUUGCAUUUACAACUGAUCUCUGGACCAGUAUUCAAGAUGUCACAUUAACCACCAGAUCCAGUCCGUAUCCAGAUCAGAUGGUCACUGCAGUCCCCCGGAUCCAGUCCGAACCCAGCCCAGAUGGUGGAUCAGCACCUAGAGACGACCUCUACAGCCCUGAAUGCCAGCAGAGUCCACAUCAACUAGAUGAGCCCCAGAGACGGAUCCAUAGUGAAGACAGCAUCAUUUAGACGGCUGUCGGCACAAGACCACGGGAACUUUGGCCAGAGGAGAACUGGCCACCCGACUGAGCCUGGUUUCUCCCAAGGUUUUUUUUUUUUUUUUUUUUUUUUUUUUUUUCUCCAUUUGUCACCGAUGGAGUUUUGGUUCCUUGCCGCUGUCGCCUCUGGCUUGCUUAGUUGGGGACACUUUCUCUUAACACAAUAUUGCAUUUUAUUUUAUUGUUUUUGAUUAACUACCUUUACCUAAAAAGUGAGUGUUUACUGUUGCCUUUGGCAUUGUUGAUGUACUGUUUCCUAUUUAAUACUGUACAGCCGCCUUGUCACAAUUCUGUAUUGUUAAAGGCGGUAUAUAAAUAAA